ACACAGCAAUGGAGGUCAAGGUGUUGAGCUCCAGGCUCGUCAAGCCUGCCUACACUGCCGGCGAAGCGCCGAUGCCGGCCACCGAGUACAUUGCGCUGUCCAUGUUCGACAGGGUGACGUUCGAGAUGCAGAUGGCCAUCAUCUACGCCUUCGCGCCGCCCGCGCCCACCACGGCCUACAUCGAGAAGGGCCUUGCCACGGUCCUCGCCCAGUACCGCGCCUUCGCCGGGCAGCUCGGCGAGUCCCCCGACGGCACGCCGUCAGUCAUACUCAACGACCGUGGCGCGCGCCUGGUUGAGGCGACCGUGGACGCCGACCUCGUCGACAUGGCGCCCUCGAAGCCCACGCCGGAGCUGCUCAAGCUGCAUCCUGACCUGGAGGCAGAGCACCAGGAGGUCGUGCUGCUGCAGCUGACACGGUUCCGGUGCGGCUCGCUCGCAGUAGGGUUCACGUCCAACCACGUCGUCGCCGACGGCCAUGCCACCAGCAACUUCCUCGUGGCCUGGGGGCGCGCCACUAGAGGGCUCUCCAUGGGCCUCCCGCCCGUGCACCACCACAAAGACCUCUUCAAGCCACGGUCGUCCCCUCGCGUGGAGCACGACCACCGUAACAGGGAGUACUACCUGCCGUCGCCCACCGACGUGGUCGGUCACCACGGCGACGCCGCCGACAACAUCGUCAUCCACAAGGCGCACUUCACCAAGGACUUCAUCGCCGGUCUCCGCGCCAAGGCGUCAGAAGGGCGCGGCCGGCCGUUCAGCCGGUUCGAGACCAUCCUCGCCCACCUUUGGCGCACCAUGACGCGCGCGCGCGACCUGAGC